AUGCGCCUCAAACACCUCCUCCCAACACUCAUCUCUCUAACCACCACCGCCGCCGCCGUAACCACCAACCCCCUCCCCCAAAACGGCGCCCUCUCCGCCCACCAAUCCCCCGCAAACCCCUUCAUCCUCCCGGGCUCCGGCUCCGGCCCCGGCUCCAGCGCCAUCACCCUCGGCGCCGCCACCGCGACCUGCACCACAACCGAGAAACCCUGCGACGGAAAAUGCAUCCCCGCCCUCGGCUCCUGCUGCGCCACCGGCACGGGCGGCUACUGCGAGGACGGCAGGUACUGCGUCGCCGGCGGCUGCUGCCAGCUCGGCAGGACGUGUUCGGGCCCCGCGACGGGGCUGUGCUCCGAGGGCAAGACGCUGUGUAACGGGUUCUGCAUCCCCUCCGGCGCGAAGUGCAGCAAGGGAUCCGGAGGUGGUGGAAGUGGUGGUGGGGGUGGAAGUGGUGGUGGGGGUGGAGGAGGAGGUGCCGGGGAUUGCGGGACGGGACAGACAGAGUGCGGGACGGGCUGCAUGCCGGAGGGCCAGGUGUGCUGUCAGUCGUACUACUGCUUCACCGGUCAGACCUGCGCGGAAGCGAAGAAGUGCAGGAAUCCGGUCAUGGGUGACGAGGAGUUCACCUCUACUGCGCUGCUCCCGACGGCGCUGCUUCCGACAUCUCGUAUCGGCGGGGCGACGACCAGCAGAACCGAGAGUUCGCCUACUACGAGGACGACGAGCGACGAUGAUGUGCCUACCGCGACUUCAACGCCUGUCACCACCGCGACAACCAGCGUGACUGGGUUGGAUGAUACCCCGCCGGCGACGACAAGUACUGGAGACGCGGGGACCGGUGCAGCGGCUGGGAUGCGCCUCGACGGUGCGAUACUGUUUGCUGGAUUGUUAGCAGCCGCGCCGCUGGUGAUGUAA